AUGGUUGCCGUGAUUCAGUCCUCAGCAUUGAGAAAGAAGAAAUCUUUGAAGAAAGGGAUUCAAUUCACUUUGAUGGUGGUUGGUCAAUCUGGUACUGGUAGAUCGACCUUCAUCAACAGUUUAUGUGGCCAAGAAGUGGUGGUCCCAUCUUCUACCAUUCCUGACCCAAAAGACGACUCUUUGAAGAAAGAGAUGACUAUGCGUACCGAAAAUGUCGAAUUGGAAGAUGCAGAAGGGGUCAAGAUUUCUCUCACCAUCAUUGAUACUCCAGGGUUUGGGGAUUCUAUUGAUAAUGAGAUGACAUUUGAAAAAAUCAUUGAUUAUAUUAGACAUCAGUAUGAUGAAAUCUUGCUUGAAGAAAGUCGUGUUAGAAGAAACCCAAGAUUCAAAGACGGGCGUGUCCACGCGCUUUUAUAUUUCAUUGUCCCAACUGGGCAUGGAUUAAGAGAAAUCGACGUGACAAUAAUGUCCAAACUUAGUAGCUUGGUCAAUGUUAUUCCAGUGAUUUCCAAAAGUGACUCUUUGACCCGCGAAGAGUUGGAAUUGAACAAGAAAUUGAUCAAUGAAGAUAUGAAGCAUUACGGUAUUCCAAUCUACGGCUUCCCAUUCGAUUUGGAUUAUGAUGAUGAAGAAACCAUCGAUGCUAACACUUAUUUGAAGACAUUGAUUCCAUUCGCUGUUGUUGGCUCAAACGAUACUUUUGAAGCCGACGACGGGUCACUAAUCAGGGCCAGAAAAUAUCCUUGGGGUUUGGUGGACAUAGAAGAUCCAGAACAAAGUGAUUUCAUCAUCUUGCGAAAUGCAUUGUUGAUCAGUCAUUUGCAAGAUUUGAAGGAAUACACCCACGAAGUUCUUUAUGAAAAGUUUAGAACCGAAGCGCUUUCUGGUAAGAACGACGAAGCCGAUGAAGCCGACGACAGUGUGUUACAAGUAGCACAAGCCAAGGAAAUCAUCAAGAGCAGAUCAGCAUCCGUUGGUAAAGGUAGCGAGGGUUACUUGGCCAGAGAAGAACAAAUUAAGUUGGAAGAAGAAAGAUUGAGAGAAUAUGAAGAAAAGGUCGAACAAGAAUUGUUGAAGAAGAGACAAGAAUUGUUGGAUAGAGAAAAGGAAUUGAGAGAGAUGGAAGAAAGAUUGACAAAGGAAAGAUUACAAUCACCAGCUCUUAGCGCCGCCCCAACCGAAGAUUACUAA